AUGGAAGUGAGCACAUCUGGGACAUGCUGUGAACGAAGCAGGCCGUCUUUGAGCAACUUGAGGGACUUCACAGGUGCGGUGUUGGCGUGUCGUCGCGGUGGGCAAUGGCGGGAAUCGCGGCGUUUGUUGAAUGAGCUGCGCCAACACCAGUUGCAGUUAGACGUAGUCAUCUGCAGCGCUUGCAUCGGCACCUGCGCCAAGGUGCAAGAAUGGCAAUGGUCCUUCGAGGAGUUGUCGCAUCUUCAUACCGCCGGCCUCCGGCUUGAUGUCGUGGCAUGUGGUGUCGUAUUGAGUGCGUGCAGCACUUUGGGGAUGUGGCAAGGAGCAACAACCUUGCUCAGCACAAUGGCUGACCGCACGGUCGAAGCGAAUGUCGUGAAUUACAACUCGAGUUUGAGUGCAUGUGAGAAGGCCUUUUCUUGGGUGCGCGCUGCCACAACACUUGAUUGCAUGGUGGGGGUGACAAUCGAGACAGACUUGAUCACGUACAGUGCCUUGGCGAGCGCGGUGGAGGCUAGAGGGUAUUGGCGGUCUGCUCUGAACAUCGAGUCGGAGCUUCGUGGCCAAGGCUUGCAGACAGACGUCGUUUUCGGUAAUGCAGUCAUCAGCGCCAUGGAGAAGGGUGGCCAGUGGGCUGUCGCAAUCGAUCUGUUUGACCAGAUGAGGCUUUCGCAGCAGAAGAUCAGUGGUAUCACUGUCAACUCAGUGAUGAGUUCCUGUGAGAAGGGCUCGCAGUGGAGGCGCACGCAGUGUUUGCUGCACCCCCGUCGUGCAAGGAGCGGCUUCGGAGGGCAGCCUGCGAUGCCAGCUGACACGUUCGCGUACAACUCCUUGAUGAGUGCGUAUGAGGAGUGCAGCCUGUGGAUGCGUGGUCUCCACAUGCUCUCAACGCUGUUCAACGAAGCUGCCCGUGCCGACGUAGUGACAUUCACAUCAGCCAUAAAUGCAUGCGAGUGGGAGUGCUCCUGCUGGCUCCUGCAUAUCAUGCCUGAGCAUCGCAUUCUUCCAAACGUGGUGGCCAUGAGCUCUGCAAUCAGCUCGGCAGAGAAAGGAGAUCAGUGGGAGCAGGCGCUGGCCAUCCUGUCCCUUAUGUUGAAGCGGAAGACUAACCCAAAUGAUGUUAGCUUCAACAGUGCCAUCAUUGCCUGUGCUCGUGGUGGGAAGUGGGAGCUGGCCCUCAGCAUCUUUGACAUGAUGAUGUCUGCCGAGUUGGCGCCCGACCUAUUCACAGGCACCUCCACUGUUUGGGCACUCGAAACAACUGGUGAGUGGCAGCGGGCGUUGGAUUUUCUGAAAUGUGUGCCCGCAACGCGUGCUAAACCCAACGUCUUUGGGGUUGCCUCCGACGUGAACAUCUGUGAGCGUUGUGGGGACUGGCAGAAGGGGUUGCACUUGAUCAACAUCCUGUCGGAAGUGGCCCUGCUACGCAUCUAG